AUGACAGCCCCGAAUGAACUGCCCUUGCGCCAGCUUGGUCGUAAUGGGCCCUUUGUCCCCCGACUUGGACUGGGAUUGAUGAGCUUGAGUGGAGUCUACAAUGAGCCUCUGUCAGAACCUGAUCAUUUUGCUUUCUUGGAUGAAGCCUAUAAGCAAGGAGAAACAUUCUGGGACACCGGUAGGCCGAACCCCUCAAGGGAGCAAUCUAAAUGCAACACUUACACAUGUACUAAUGGAAUCUCUGCAGCCGACAAAUAUGGCACAUCUGAAGAGGUGCUGGGCAGGUGGUUCGCUGUGAACCCUGACAAGCGCGAACAUGUAUUCUUGUCCACCAAAUUUGGCAUCAGAGCAGUCGCACCUGGCAAAGAUGCCCCAGUGUUGACUGUUGACUCCACUCCGGAGUACUGUCGGGAAGCCAUCGAGAGCUCACUUCGCCGUCUCAACUUACCUUACGUGGAUAUUUACUACAUCCACCGUCUGGACCAGGUCACCCCGAUCGAAAAGACCAUCGAAGCCAUGGUCGAACUCAAGAACGCAGGGAAGAUCAAACACCUGGGUUUGAGUGAAUGCAGUGCUGAGUCCCUCCGACGAGCGCAUGCCGUGCACCCUAUCACGGCUGUCCAAGUCGAGUAUAGUCUUUUCUGCCGUGACAUCGAAUCGCCAGAGAUUCGUCUUCUCGAGACCGCUCGUGAGCUUGGCGUUACCAUUGUGUGCUACAGUCCACUUGGUAAUGGGCUUCUCACCAAUACCAUCCAUGCCAAAGUAGGUGAGAAGCCGGAAGGUUCACGGGGAUAUCUGCCUUGGCUGAAGGAGGAGAACUUGGAGCAGAACGCGGCUGUGAUCAAGAAAAUCCAUACCAUCGCUGCAUCUAAGAAUGUCUCAUCUGCUCAGCUGGCUUUGGCGUGGUUGCUCGCCCAGGGAGAUGACAUUUUUCCAAUUCCCGGAACAAUUAAGGCACACCGAGUGGCUGAGAACCUGGAGAGUGUGCAUGUUUCUAUCUCGGCGGACGAGGAGAAAGCACUACGGGAGAUAGCGGGCGGGAUUGUUGGUGGUCGAUUCCAGGCAAUGACUGGGUAUGUCUUUGCAGAUACUCCGGAGCUGUGA